CCCUAAAAUAAAAACUUGUCCUGAAUACCAAAUGUCAGUUUGAGGAGGCCUCAUCAAGACAAUGGAGGCGUCCGCCAAUGGGUCCAGUUUUGGCAUCGACUCUCUGCUGUCCCACAGGCCUGGGAGUCCGGUGUCCAAAGGGGACAGUCUGGUGGGAGAGUGCCGCUCCCCUCUGGAGUUCAGCCCCAGAUCAGACGUGGAGAGCGGCUGUUCGUCGCCUCCGUCGCCGAGGAGGGAGUGCGUGGACGAGGUAGCCCAGAGGCAAGGUCACGGCGUCGGCCUACCACCGCACCUGCAGCACGCGCAGAUAUCUGCUGGGUCGCAGCAGAGGACCGUGACCUCGUCGUUUCUCAUCAGAGAUAUUCUCGCGGACUGUAAGCCUCUGGCUGCCUGCGCACCUUACUCCAGCAAUGGACAGCCGACUCAGGAGGCAGGGAGGCUGGCCUCGAAGAUCGCGGACGACUUUAUGGAGAAAAUCCACAGCAACUCAUCGUCAGACAGUGAAUAUAAAGUGAAAGAGGAGGGAGACAGAGAGAUCUCAAGCAGCAGAGACAGCCCUCAGGUCCGGCUGAAGAAGCCCAGGAAGGCCCGGACAGCCUUCACAGACCACCAGCUGGCCCAACUGGAGCGCAGUUUCGAGCGGCAGAAGUACCUGAGCGUCCAGGACCGCAUGGAGCUGGCGGCCUCCCUCAACCUCACCGACACGCAGGUCAAGACCUGGUACCAGAACCGGAGGACAAAGUGGAAGAGGCAGACGGCGGUAGGACUCGAGCUUCUGGCCGAAGCUGGAAACUACUCCGCCCUGCAGAGGAUGUUCCCGUCCCCGUACUUCUACCCGCAGAGCCUGGUGUCCAACCUGGACCCCGGAGCUGCCCUAUAUCUGUACAGAGGCCCAUCGGCGCCCCCGCCGGCCCUGCAGAGACCCCUGGUUCCUCGGAUCCUGCUCCACGGCCUGCAGGGGGCCAGCGAGCCGCCACCUCCUCCGCCUCCCCUGCCUCCUAUGAGCGGCGUGCUUCCCCGGCCAGCUCAGCAGCGGUGAGCGGGC